GGUAACCGGCGGUAAACGGUAAACUGUUUACCAGCAGUAUCGGCGGCCGAGAGAAAAUAUGGGUGUGUCGGUAUACCGAAUCCGGUAUCGGUAAAUACCGACGGUAAGUCAAUAAUACCGAUACCGAACCCCAAUGGCCAAAACCAGCAAUCCCUGCUGAAAGCUUCAACCCUUCCAGCUUCCCCGACUCUCCUCCAAUGGCCGCCACCUCUCUAACUGCUCCAAAGCUCACUUUCUCUCCUACCCUCCAGUCCCUCUACAGAAACUUCACCAUCCCCAUCCCUCUAUCUUCUUCUUCUCCUUCUUUCCUCUCCCUCCGCAAAACCCUACCCUCCCACCACUCUCGCUCCUUCUCCCUCUUCCAACAACCCCGCUGUCAAUUCACCGCUCGCGCCGACUCCGACAAUGGCACCGAGUCGCCACGUCAGUACGAUUUUGACCUCUUCACCAUCGCGCCGGGAGCGGCGGUGUGCGUGCCUCGCGCUUCGCCGCCAAUUUCGGCGCCUCUGUUGCCAUCUGCGAGCUUCCCUUUGCCACCAUAUCCUCUGACACUGCUGGGGGCGUCGGCGGCACGUAAGUAAUCUCUUCUGCACAAAAUGACAUAAAUUGAGGAUAAUAAAUUAUCAUUUAGUUUCGUUAGGAAUCUGCGGCGGGCGUCAGCUUGCCAGUGAUUUAGUCAGGAGUCAGGACAAGAGUUAUUGUGUGAAAUUGUUGCCAAUGUGGUUCUGCCAGUAAAAGUGUCAUAAUCAA